CCGUAGGCAACUGCUCACUGGCACUAGUGUAACAUAUGCACAUGUGUGUCACUGUACACAGCUUCAAUCAGAGCUGGAACGUGUGCGCGGAUUCUCAAGCAUAUGCCUAGGGAUGUGAGGAACCAAAGUCCAGACAUCUGUGAACAGGACCGAAGAGAGAUGCAGUCUCUCCGCUCCUCCCCCUCUCCUGCUCAUGUUGUGUCUCCGGUUCCUGAGCUCCCGGAGCGGCCCGGACCCCCCUCACCCAGCCCCCCUCAGGGGCCCCCGAGGGACCUCGGGGCUCCCCGCACCCCACGUCCUCACGGGGGAGACCCAAAGACCCCGGACCCAGAGGGACAGUCCCUCGAGACAAGGAGCAACACCCCCACCAGCGACAGAAACCCCAACAUCCGAGGCUCCCCGGAAUCAGACAGAGACCCCCUCCCGGGCACCAGAAGAGACCCCCACUUCGGAAGAGACAACGGACACGCAGCCCCCUCUUCCACUGACAGAGAGUCCCCCAUUGGAGACAGAGACCCCGAAACAGGAGACAUCAGAAACUCUCCCACCACAGAGACCCCCAGCUCUUCAAGAGACCCCUCCAUCGAAGACAGGGACCCCUCCAUCCGAGACAGAGACCCCCACGGCCGGCGGAUGGAAGAGACAGCGGGGAACGCGGUGAUCAUCAGGAUCGGUAUCCCGGACCUGCAGCAGACGAAGUGCCUCCGGUUGAACCCCGAUGCUCCUGUGUGGGUGUCCAAGCAGCGUAUCCUGUGCACUCUGAACCACAGCCUAAAGGACGUUCUAAAUUAUGGACUCUUCCAGCCAGCAUUUAAUGGGAGAGCUGGUAAAUUCCUUGAUGAAGAGCGUCUUCUACGAGAGUAUCCACCUUCUCUGGCCACCCCUGUACCCUACCUGGAGUUCCGCUACAAGAGAAGAGUUUACACACAGACACUGCUGGACGACAAGCAGUUUGCCAAACUUCAUACAAAGGGGAAUCUAAAGAAGUUCAUGGAUUACGUUCAACUUCAAAAUAGCGAGAAGGUGUCUAGACUGCUGGAGAGAGGCCUGGAUCCAAACUAUCAGGAUCCGGACACUGGGGAGUGUCCUCUGACCCUUGCUGCCCAGUUAGAAGGCGGUGCAGAGCUGGUGAAAAUUCUGCGCAGUGGAGGAGCGCAUCUUGAUUUCAGAACUCGAGAGGGACUAACGGCUCUGCACAAAGCGGUUCGAUACCGUAACCAUGCCGUAUUGAUGAACCUCCUAGAUUUGGGUGCUUCUCCAGAUUACAAGGACAGCCGCGGUUUGACCCCACUUUAUCACAGUGCAAUGGUCGGAGGCGAUCCGUAUUGUUGCGAGCUGCUGCUCCGAGACUAUGCCAGCCUUGGGUGUGAGGAUGAAAAUGGCUGGCAGGAGAUCCACCAGGCUUGCCGGUACGGUCAUGUUCAACAUUUGGAGCAUCUUCUGUUUUAUGGAGCUGACAUGAGAGCACAGAACGCGUCAGGGAACAGCGCUCUGCACCUGUGUGCACUUUACAACCAGGAGAGCUGCGCUCGGGUUCUUCUCUUCCGUGGAGCAAGUAAAGAAAUUCGGAACUUUAACAACCAGACUGCAUUCCAGGUCGCUAUUAUUGCAGGAAAUUUUGAGCUUGCUGAAAUCAUCAAAACUCACAAAGAAUCCGACAUUGUGCCUUUUCGGGAGACUCCAAGUUACACAAAGCGCAGACGUGUUGUGAGCUGUGUGGGUCUCUCAUCUCCUCGCUUCCUGCAGCGCUCCGCCAGUGACAACAACCUCAAUUCUGAUGGAGCUCAUUACUCUCCGGUGCCCUCGCUACGCGGUCUCCCCCCACAGCUGCUCUCCCAGGGCCCUGAAGUCUCCGGUGGUGCAGCGGUGGGGGAUAGCAGUCUUGCGAGCACUACCAGUUCCCGCAGCACACAUAGCCGCUCCCCAUCAUUGCACCGUGCCAGAGAAGAUAGGGAUGGUGACAGCCAUACUCUGCGUCGGGGACGAGGGAAAAGCAGCCCUGGGCCCCUGGAUAUGAGGAGCACUGGCCAUCGGGGGCCCAAAAGGAAACUGUACAGCGCUGUCCCUGGGAGAACGUUCAUAGCUGUGAAAUCAUACGAACCGCAAGGACCUGGAGAGAUUCAACUCAACAGAGGGGAGAGAGUGAAGGACGCUCUCGCUCAUAACGUAGUGCUAAGUAUCGGUGAAGGUGGAUUCUGGGAGGGGUCUGUGAAGGGUCGAAGUGGUUGGUUUCCAGCAGACUGUGUGGAGGAAGUGCAGAUGAGACAGCCAGACCCACGACAAGAAACGCGCGAAGAUCGAACAAAGCGUCUUUUCAGACACUAUACUGUUGGUUCCUACGACUCCUUCACGUCCCACAGUGAUUAUGUCAUCCAGGAGAAGGUUGCGCGGUUGCAGAAGAGAGAACUGGAAGGAUUUGGUUUUGUUCUGCGAGGAGCAAAAGCGGAGACCCCAAUUGAGGAGUUUACGCCUACACCUGCAUUCCCUGCCUUGCAGUAUCUCGAGUCAGUCGAUGUGGAUGGUGUGGCCUGGAGGGCAGGUCUUAGAACGGGUGACUUCUUAAUAGAGGUAAAUGGGGUCAAUGUAGUAAAGGUUGGACAUAAGCAGGUGGUUUCGCUUAUACGUCAAGGCGGCAGCCACCUGAGCAUGAAGGUUGUGUCUGUGAGUCGAAAGCCUGAAAGUGAGGAAGCAAUGCGUAGAAGGGCUCCCACACCUCCAAAAAGAGCACCCAGCACCACACUCACCUUGAGGUCCAAGUCCAUGACUGCUGAGCUAGAGGAACUGGAACGACUGGAUGAGAUUUUGGUGGCAUCGGAUCCUUCACUGAGACCAGAGAUUGCUGAGGCUGAUUCCAGAGCUGCUACCGUGAAACAGCGACCAACAAGCCGACGCAUCACCCCAGCUGAGAUAAGUUCAUUAUUAGAGAGACAGGGGAUUCCUCAGCAUGGAAUGUCCCGCAGCACUGAGAAGUCCCAUGUUUCCCUCCAUCACGGGAUGUCAAGGACAAAAUCUGUUGGUGAAGAUGAGAAGUUAUCAGAUUCCUUUCUUGAUGGACGUUUCCCACGCAGCACCUCAAUGCAGGAUUCUCUAAGAGAAGGUCCAGGAAUACCACCACCCCCACAAAAAGCUGCUCCUCCUCCUCCAUCCCCAUAUUAUUUUGAUACUGGACCUCCGCCAGCUUUUUCACCACCUCCUCCCCCAGGUAGAGGCUAUGAUACAGUUCAUUCCAGCUUUAAACCAGGUUUUGAAGCCAGACUUCAUGGGCUUCCACAUGGAAUGGGAUCUGCAGAGCUGCUUAGCAUGGAUCGCGCCAUUUCACCUCCUGACCGUCAAAAACGUGCUCGGUCUAUGAUUAUCCUUCAGGAUACCUCCCAUCUCCCUGUGGAACCUACCAGUAUUCCUCGACCAGGCCCUUCUCCUACCCCUCCAGAGAAACUGAAAAGGAGAAGCCGAAUUGUUGAUAAUCCUUAUGCCAAUAUGGGCCUUUUUGCACCAAUGAAGCCACAGCGCAAGAAGAGCCCACUUGUGAAGCAACUCCAAGUAGAGGAUGCCCAGGAGAGAGCAGCAUUAGCCAUGGCGGGUGGUUACUCAAGAGACCCUUCGCCAUCUCGACGCAGCCCAAGACAGAGCAUGAUGGACCUAGGAACUGCACACCAUGAACCACUUGGAAGCCCUUUUGCAACAGCGUUAGCUGGAGUAAUGAAGGAGCGUGAGCGACGGCUCGAUGAGAAGCGCAAAUCCACGCUCUUCCUUUCAGUCGGAGCACUAGAGGGUACACCUCCUUCCCAAGAUCUCCCCUCUCUACAACCUUCUCGCUCUGUUGAUGAGAGAUUGCUGGGAAGUCGUGAUGUUCUCCUGCCAUCACCAGGUUCUUCACUUAAGUCUCUUAUGUACAGUAGCCCUCAUUCCACGUUCAUCCAUCCUCUAACUGGAAAGCCCCUUGAUCCCAACUCCCCCCUUGCACUUGCGCUGGCCGCAAGGGAGCGUGCACUGUCUGCCCAGGCACCCUCUCCUCCUCCUCCAAGGACACCUACCCCAGUGAGGAGCCCGGAAUCAGACAGAGCACCUCCACUCUUCCUGGAUAUUCAAACCAAAGAGGGGGAGAUGGGAAUGGAGUUGGAAGGUUCUGCCUCUCCAAUUUACAGCCCUUCUGGGGCUCCAGUUAAGGGCCAGUGGGUUGCUCCACUAAGGAGGGAUGGGGAAGGAAGAGCAGAGAAAAGCCCAGAGAGACCGGAGAGCAGGAUGGAAGAGAGGAAGCCUAUGAUCCUAAGCAUUGUAGACACUUCUCAACAGAAGACUGCAGGGCUCAUUAUGGUGCAUGCUACCAGCAAUGGAACUGAGGAUAAAGUAAAAGAGCCACCAGCUGCCAUUGACCAGAAAGAGACUGCACAGCCCCCAGAUAAAGAAGAUAAGGCCCCCUCAAGCUCCUCUUCCGACAAAACGCUUGGUCAAGGAAGCUCAGAAGAGGAGGUAGAGCCUUUUGGAGCCAACUUGCCACCUGCCAUGUUGUCCUCCAGUGAUGAGGAAACUAGAGAAGAGCUGGCUAAAAUCGGACUUUUGCCUCCUCCUGAUGCUUUUGCCAAUGGAGUUCUGGUCACCAAACCUGGCACCCCCAUCAGCCAGCUGACUCGGCCUGGUACUUUGGCUGUGCCAUCUGCCAAGCAAGCCAGCGGGUUACUAUCCUCAGGGAAGCCCUCUGAUGCUCCACUCCACCACCCAGAGUCAGCUACAGACUCAGGUGUGGAAGAAGUGGAUACUCGGAGCUCAAGUGACCACCAUCUGGAGACCACGAGCACCAUUUCUACUGUGUCCAGCAUGUCCACUCUAUCCUCAGAGAGUGGGGAGCCCACUGACACCUACACCUCGUAUGCCGACGGUCAAACUUUUAUACUCGAGAAGCCACCAGUGCCUCCAAAGCCCAAACUCAAGUCUCAACUGAUGAAGGGCACCGUGACCUUCAGGGACCCCCUGCUCAAGCAGUCCUCGGACAGUGAGCUCAUUGCCCAACAGCAACUUGCAGCGGGCCGUCCACGCUACCUCUUUCAGAGAAGAUCUAAGCUGUGGGGAGAUCCAGUGGAGAGCCGGCCCCUUUCCCAUGGGGGCCCUGUGGAGAUAGAAAAACCGUCAGUGAUUGGGGAAAUCAGUUCCCGCCUCCAACUACUGAACAAGGACACGCGGUCACUGGGAGAGGAGCCAUCAAUACCGGGCAUGGACCCCGGCAAGAAGUCUCCAGUGGUGGCUGCUCGCUUGUUCAGCAGUCUUGGAGAGCUGCACACUAUUUCCCAGCGCAGCUAUGGAACAUCCUACACCGUGCGUCCAGGGAGCCGACAUCCCCUGACUCGUCGGGCACCUAGUCCUGUGCCAUCUGCUUCUGAGAGGGUAGAGCCCCUUGGUGGGGCACGCUCUUACACACUCACUCCUCCCACAAUCCUGAAGUCCUCCAGUCUCUCAAUUCCUCAUGAACCUAAGGAAGUGCGCUUUGUGGUACGGAGUGUCAGCGCCCGGAGUCGAUCUCCUUCCCCCUCCUCUGGGCACCCCUUGCACCCUUCUCGCCCAUUUCUGCAGAAGCCCCUGUCACUCUGGAAUAAAUAUGAUGUGGGUGAUUGGCUGGAGAGUCUGAACCUAUCUGAGCAUCGGCUCAAAUUCCAAGACAACGAAAUUGAGGGCUCCCACCUACCAGCACUCACCAAGGAUGAUUUUGUAGAGCUGGGAGUUACCCGAGUGGGUCAUCGCAUGAACAUCGAGCGUGCCCUUCGCCAGCUGAGCACCAGCUGACCCGGCCAGGAGCUGCGGUCCCAAUCCGUGGGAGGGCAACUCCGCACCGCUGCGGGGGGAGGAAUUGCUUCACAAGCUCAACAGGACAAACAUUGCACUGAACACAUAGGACACCCAGACAUGGACACACACAGCCCUGAAGUCAUUCACACUGGAACUCAUUGCAGUACACACACUCAUACUGUUACUAUAACAUGUGCAAGUGUAAUAACACUCAACCUUUCACAAGCGGAUAACCUCACUUUGACUCACACUGAUACACAAACACUGACACAUUCACUAACGGAUAAAUAAACCCAACUGGAAAACUCCUAUACAAUCACACUAAGAAAGGCUAUCACACAUGUUGCAGCUCAGUAUACAAAACCUACUCCUCUCCUUGCACGGUGCAGUGGGGCCCAGUAAUUGAUCCCUCUUCUCUCUCUCUCACUCUGUAUGCCAUGGAGGGCAGGUGGGAUCAGUCACAGGGUCCCAGGGCCAGGCCACUGUGUGUUAUUGCCACGUUUUAUGUGAAGAUGUGCAGCAAAGGCUUCGCAGUCAGACACAGAGAUCAGUGUGCAGGGGAACGGGGUUGAGCUGCAAUCCUACAAUACCAAGGUCUGACUCAAGUCCUGGAAAAAAAUCCAUGGAUUGGGCUGGAAGAGGUCGCAGGUUCCAGUCACCUCCACUGUGGGACGCUUUUUAUGCAUCUUUUUAAUUAGCUAUAUAUUUGAAAGGAAAAAAAAGGACUUUACCUAUAUAUAUCUCAUAUAUAUAUCUAUAUAUAUAUCUAUAUACACGAAACCCUCUCACUGGACUUUUUAUAUACAGCAGAUCUGGGAUGUAUUGAGGUCUGUGCGGGUUCCGCUCUUCCUCAUCCAGGGGGUUGGUAUGUUCUUUGUUUUUUGUUAAUUUUUUUAUUUGUUUUCAAAUUAUUUUUUUUAUAUAUUUUUUGUUGUUGGGCUAUGAGUGUUCCUACAAUAAACCCCUCACCAUGCCACCAGCAUUAUUUAUAAUGGGACAUUCAUGUAUUUGUUUGGGGCACAUCUCACCUGGGGGGUUUUCAUCAUUAUUAGUAUUAUUAUUAUUAUUAUUAUUACUUUGGUUGUUUUAAAGAAAGCCUCACUUUAUAUCACUGUCAUAUAUACUUGCAAGCAAGAAUACAUUAAACUUGGGCCAUCCACAUAAGACAACGGGAGUCCAUUUAGUUGUAAUUGUUAUGGCUGAGAAUCCUGGGAAAUUUCUUAUUGUGCUUUAUUUGCUGGGUUUCUUCGUUUAAAUGUUUUUAAUUUUUUUUUUAAGAUAAACCAUAGGGGUUUCUGCUUCUUCUGACGGUGAGUUGGGUUUUUAUGGUUAUAUCAAUCUCAUUGGUUGGAUUAACUUGAGUUAAAUUCUUGGAAUUACAUUUGGAUAUAUAGUUUUUUGUUUAAUUUGGAAGUAAUGUUGACUUAUUCCAGGGUUCUUUUGUCUAUUCAGGUGUUCAGGUUUAGCAAUUAUUUCCUCACUACUUUGCUUUUAUGGUUUAGCCGGAGAAAGAAUAGACCCCCCUCUAACCCCUUUGAAAUGUUGUACAUUACCUUGAGAAAUGCCACUCAGAAUCUCCCUCCCAGUACAGUGUUGACCCAUGAAUGAGAUUGGGCAUGCAAAAGCUUUCCCAGCUGGUUCCUCUAGUGCAAACUGACUUCAGUCCGGAACCAUUGGCUAUAGUGGAGGGAGGAUCACGGAGCCGGCUGGGUCCUCUCAUGUACUGUGUCCCUGUCUACCUGAGGAUAGAUUACCCGAGGGUGACCAACCUGGAUCCGGUGUGCCUUAUUGCCAUGAUAAUCGCUUCAGGUCCUUAGUGGAGAGAAGCAAUCUGAUGUUACCCAUUUCCUGCAGUGCCUUAUCGCCAUUGUGGAGCUUAGAUAAGACCCUCUGACUGUGCUACAUGAGCUGCCCUCAGAGCAGAAGAAUUUACAGCCCCCCAAGAUGGAGCGAUCGCUGCUGCUUCUCUUACUGGAUCCCAAAAACCCAAUCUGGACACUGUGGAACCUGACAAACAGGGCAUUUAAUCCAGUGCUACCUGGGUGGCAGAGGAAUGUCACUGGGCCAGGUUAUUAAGGCCACACGUUUCCACAUGACAGGACACUCAAAAAAAAAAAAAAAGAGAGGCGCUAAUAUAAAUGACAUCUUGUUUGUCACUCAUCUUGUAGUGUGCUAGAGUAAAUAGGUUUCUAUGACAACAAAAGUUUUUUUUUCUGUCUGAACAUGUGUUGUACAUCAUCUCUGUGCAAUAUCGAUGAAUCAGUCCGAGCACAGAGAAUGGUUCAGCAGUUUCAGGUUCCUAUGGAAACCAGUGUAAUAGAAACAUGAAAUGUAUAGCAUCCAAAUUUUUACAGCUGCUACUGGAAAUCAAAAGGGCCAUUUUCGUGCCCCUCUAAUAAUUCAGCAGAGGUUUUGGGCUCUUCUGACCAAUGCUCAAUUUUCUGUUCAGUAGUUAACCUUUUUUUUUUACAUCUCAGAGAAACAUCUAUUAAAUCGUUAAAUACUGCAACAUGGCCACAAUUGAAUAGAUAGCACCCUGCAACAAUUGUUUCAGUACAGAAAAAAAAAAAAAUUAAAUCUACAAUAGACUCCAUCCAGUAAGACAGUGCACCAAUUAAAAUAUCAUUUAAACUGGAAGCAUACUUGUAAACCGUAAAGCAAUUCUGUAACUGUAAGACUGAGUUAUUAGCAAACACAAAAGUACUGAGAAAGGAAAAUUAUGAAGUCAUGACAGGUGAGAAAAUAAAUCAUGGGGAGAUAGUAGAUGACGUGAAAGUGAUUUGCAAUCAAAAAUCUAGUAGACUGAAGAAACACUGCAAAUUUGCCUUUUAAACUAAUUGUAUAUACUUUACUUAACUAGGAAAACCAAUUCAAAUCUGAUGGUGUUUACUAUUCACUUAUUAAAAAUCAAGGCAUUGUAGAAGGGUUUAAAACGAUUGUCUUUCCUAUAUAAAGUUACAGGGGCUGAUUGUAUGGACUAAGUCAUUUUAAAGUUGCCGAUGAUUUUGUGCAAUGCUCUGAAACAAAUAACGUUAAUAAAACCAACAAGCAAAAAUCUGAAAUAAAAAAAAGGAUAAUAUAAAAAAAAUCUCUAAAAAAAAGAAAAUCCCAAAAAUAAAAACUGAAAAUGUAAAA